AAACGCCCAUUGGUCAGGGUCAGGUCGACCUGAACAACGCCUGACCAAUCCUAGCGCUUGAAUCCUCCACUGGGCGGGUCUAGUCAAGAAAUGCAGCGGGACCUCCUUCAAGCGCAUGCGCAGCCGUCGAGGCUUCCGUAACACGGAAGUAACCGUGCUUUAAAGUAAAGUGGCUGCGUUUGACAGCGUGCUGAGUAACCGGAAGCAACUUUCAAAAGCAUUUUGUGUGAAAACUAAGAAAGCGCUCGUUAGUUUUAGGAUGAACACCACGUUAAAGCACUGGAAGGAGGCGGCGACUCUUAUUUUAGCCGCAGGUCACAAGCUGGGUGCGGACCGUUUGUCGUCAAGGACUCCGCUGACAGCCGCUCCAGGUGCGCUGCUGGACAGCGUCAACGGACGCGUCGACUACAACGUGUUAAUGCUGAAGCGAAGCAGCGCGAGUACGUUCAUGCCCAAUGCGUACGUGUUUCCCGGCGGCACGGUGCACUCUUCGGACUUCUCGAGCGAAUGGUUGGACAUUUUCAAAUCGUUCAGCAGUUCCCCGAAUUUCGGUCUGAGAGGUGUCACCCAGGCGGCGGAGACCAGACCUCCCAUGUUCGCCACCGACCGGCGGGCACUGGGUCCCGGUCCAGGAGAGGUCGCCUUCCGCAUCUGCGCACUGAGGGAGACGUUCGAGGAGUCCGGCGUGCUCCUGUGUGUAUCCAAGCGGGAGGAGGAGAGCUUGUUGCGAAGCUUAGGUGACCGAGGAGGCCCGCUGCACCACAGAGCAAACGACCUGUGCGCUCGAGAAGUCGACAGGUGGAGGGACCUGGUGAACCGGAACCCGUCGAACUUCAUCCAGAUGUGCAGGGAGUUGGAGGUGUGGCCUAACAUCUGGGCUUUGCACGAGUGGAGCAACUGGCUGACUCCCGCAGGCCCACACGGUGUGAAACGGUUCGACACCGCUUUCUUCAUCUGCUGCCUGCAGGAGAUCCCACACGCACUUCAAGACGAGAAGGAAAUCGUGUCCCUGGAGUGGUCCACACCCUCGGAGCUUCUCCAGAGCUACCGGGCCCAGGAGCUGUGGCUCGCCCCCCCGCAGGUCUAUGAGUUAAGCCGCAUGUGCCACGUACCUCGGCUGAAGGACCUCCACGAUUUCUCCCGGCGCCGCGGCACCGAGGGCUGCGAGCAGCUGCUGCCUGUCGUUUCCUUAAAACAUGAACCCUACACAGCGCUGCUGCCAGGCGACGGCUGCUACCCGUCGGCCGCUUCAGGAGAAGCCGGGGCGGGUCCGAGCACAGAGCCUCAGCUGGAGGAUCCUCAGGAGGAAGAUCCUGCGCUGCACCGCAUUGUGACUCGAGAUCCGUACAACAUAACUCUACAGAUCACCAUCGCUCCCAAGUACAAUCACCUGCUCCCCGUGCUGCAGCCGACCUCCCCACAAGACUCAAAAAGUAGGCUUUGACUUGCCCCCCCCUGUUGCUGUGUGAGACCCACAACAUGAAGCAAAACAAGUGUCCUGCUUUUCAUCACACCAGAUGGGCCUAUUAUACCAAUAACACCAUGUUCUAAUCAUUAACGUCCUCCUGGCAUUGCUCUUCUGUGGAGGAGUUGUUUAGAUAGAGCAGGUCCAGUUAAAGCCAACGGUCCUCUCAAAGGUCAGCAGGGACCGUCCGCGUGGACGACGUUUGCCUCCUCGCGAGGAUCCUCUUAUCUCGGCUUUCCAUGGGAAUUGAUUUGUACUGUUUUUUUAAUCGUGGUGUGUUCAGGCGUUCAGCCCGAUACCAGGAACCUGAAACGGUUGAAUGGAAAUCGGACAUUUUGCUGUGAACACCUGGAGCGUUGACUCCCACCAUGUCAACAUGUCUUCCGUGGGGUGAGGUUCAUUGCGCGCUCGUCCAUGACGCGUGAACCGCGUUAAUGACAAUUUAAUUCUGAUGCUAAUUUCUUUUUUCUUCCAUGUGACUGUCGCAGUCAUUCAAUUCAGUUUACUUUAAAGGCACGGAUUACUAAUUAGCCUCGGAGAGCUUUACGAUCCGUAAAUGCACGACAUCCCGCGACCUGUAAUUCCACUACUUUUAGCGGUAACGAGCAUGUAACGAAGUCUUUUUUUAAAUCAAUUAACGCAGUUACAAUUACUGAAAUUUAAAUGAGUUUGUUACUCGCGUUACUCUCUUUUGUGAAAAAUGAACACUUGAAGACAAGAUAGGCCUACUUUAGCUCAGGACCGGGGUGGGUAAUCGGGAGAAUCGGGAGAGUUCCCGGUGGGCCGCUUCACUUCUGGGCCGGUCGAGAAUUUUAUUUGAUGACAUUUGUCACGUUAGUCCAUCUUCUCUUAAAGUGGGCUGCACACGUUCCGCAUUCUGACACCGCAGCCUCUGCAUGGGUUGUACCAUGCGAGGAAGUUCACCCCUCCAAAAUAGAGUUGGUUCGAUAUUAGCCUUUUUAUAUCACCCAAAAUAUGGCGAUCCAUAGACUUUGAAAAUAUUAUGCAAAUAUUGAAAUAUAAUAUUUAUAUUGAUAUUGAAUAGGCUCUCAGAUCAAAAGCUUGAGAGCUUGCAAUGUUGUGGCUACUGGUCAGAGGUGAGAGAUGAGACUUGUUAGCCCAUUUUAACGUCUGUUGAGAAUCUCAUCUCUUAUCUAUAUUUAGCUUUGCCUUUUGAGGCAUGUUUGUUCAAACAUUUUGUUCACCUUUUGUUAAAUCACAUAUUCAAUUAUAUGCAGCACCUCAAGGCACCUUUGUUUUCUCUUUUAAUUAGUGUUAAUACUGUAGGCCAAUCACUUUUAUUUCAUUGGGCCUAAUGUGGUAAAAAAAAACACUUAAAUGACAGACAGUUAUUUUGUAUUAAGUUAAGUAUUAAAAGGGACUUUUGUACUACUGCUUGAUUUGAAGGCCUGUUGCCCUGUUGAUUGCAAUAAAUAGGUCUAAAAAAUA